AUGCCGCCGCGAGUUCAAGGCAAGGGAAUGGGUCCGAUGAGAGGAGGACCAUCAGGCCAUGCGGGACCUUCUCAUAGGCGCACUCCAUCUGCGUCUUUUUCUAGCUCGGAUUCGCAUUGGGGUCAUUCUUUUGAGCCAGCGAGACAUUCGGUCUCGUUGAGUUCAUCACCCUCGUUUCAUCCAUCAUUUGGGCUGCUUAUUCCAGACGAGCCCCAGCAUUCCCAUCAUUCUCAUGAUUCACACCAUUCUCACCAUUCGCACCAAUCCUACCACUCUUUACACUCCCAUUCUUUCCAUCAUUCUGAUUCCACUUAUUCCCCAGCCCCGUUCAACCCAAACGACUAUGUCAGCGAUUUUCUGGGUUACAAUCCCUUGAGACCCGAGGAUCACUUCUCCCAAGAGAUAGAGAUGAAUGACGACCUUGAUCCAGAACCGCCAACUGGGACACCAGGCCACCCUAUUAGCAUCUCCAGCGGUCCUCCCUACCAAGGAUCGCCAUAUCAAGGGCUCGACUCUUGGGCCGAAAGGUGGAACCAACUUGAAUGGGCAUUUACCCUUUCAUUUCACAACUCUGUUGCUCAACCUCCUUUGGAAGAACCACACCUUCAAGCGGUUUCUACACCACCUCUACCUGUUGAGGAACCACCUCAACAACCACCACAACCACCUCCCGAGCCGCCGAGGCGAAGGAGGAAUGCACGGAUGUCGAUGCAAGGGGGACCACGGUUUAGUUCUCCUCAAGGUUCAAGCUCAUACCCUCCUAUUCCCGAGGAUCCACAAAUGGGUGGACCCUCGCAUAUGGUGCCGGAGGAUAAUCACCCGCCAGUUUCUUUUGCACCACCGCCACCGCCAGUGGAUUUUGAAAACCCGAUUCCGACAUAUCCAGGUUCGUCUGGGUAUAACCCAUUUGAAUAUCCAACUUCUACGGGUUAUGGAGCCCAAGAUCCAUAUCUUACAGCAGCACAGUAUAAUGCACUUUAUCCUUCAUCUUAUCCUCCAGUUUACCGAACUGGAUAUCCAGUGCAAGGUACUCAAAUCAUGGCUGGCUCUGACGAAGCAAACAGUCAUCCUGUGGAAGGAAACAAUAAUACCAGAAUAAAUGUUAUUGCUGCUGAAUUACAAGAGAUGAUAAACACAGCGGUUGCACAAGCUGUGGAUAAUAAGUUUAAGGAGCCGAGUAAUGUUCGGUCCAAAACUCAUACCAAGUCCUUAUCUCAUUCGCAUACACCGAAGAAGGAUGAGUCUCAACACUCAUCCAAUCAGAAAAGUGAACCUCAGAGACAAGCUAUAUAUAAUCAGGCUCCAAAGUACAACAAAGGUUGUACUUAUAAGUAUUUCGUCUCGUGUAAACCGAGAGAUUUCACGGGAGAAAAAGGGAGCAAUUGA